AUGCCUGACGGCAAGAAAAGCAAGAAAGGCAGCGGAGGAGGUAAACGUGAUGCUGGUCCGGUCAUCACCGAUCCACGAUUUGCAAACAUCCAAACAGACCCUCGCUAUCGUCUCCCCAGCAAACGACACACACACGUCAAACUCGAUAAACGGUUUUCGCACAUCCUGCACGAUAAGGACUUCUCGAGGAACGCUGCUGUUGAUAGGUAUGGACGAAAACUGGCCCGUGAUGAUACGAAGAAGCACCUUGAACGAUUCUAUCGACUCGGGGAUGAUGAAGAUGAGGGGGGUGAAGAAGAUGAGGGUAAUAUCAGCGUUGAUGAAGAUGAUGUGGUAUUAAAGGAGUUGAAAAAGGCCGAUAGCAGGGCACCGGGGUAUGAUCCAGCCCGUGAUGGUGGCUUUUCUUCUUCGUCGUCGGAGGAGGAGUCAAGUGAAGAUGAGGAAGAGGAGGAAGAUGAGGAAGCUAUCGGGGGUGAGGAGUUGGAUUUCCCCGACAAGCAACGGGAGGAUGUGCCCAUUGGCGAAGUCACGAAUCGGAUCGCUGUGGUUAAUCUGGAUUGGGAUAACAUCCGGGCGGAAGAUUUGAUGGCCGUCUUUUCGAGCUUCACGCCUGCCGGUGGGCGGGUGUUGAAGGUUAUUGUCUAUCCCAGCGAGUUUGGAAAGGAGCGCAUGGAGAAGGAGGAGACAGAAGGACCUCCGAGGGAGAUUUUUGCUACGAAAAGUGACGAGGAUGAUGAGGAAGAAGAAGAAGAAGAAGAGCUUGACUCUGAAGAGGAGGAAGAAAAGAUUAAAAAAUCGAUUCUCAAGGAGGACAAGGGCGAAGAUUUUAACACUACGCAACUUCGGAAAUAUCAGUUGGAGCGACUACGCUAUUUCUACGCCAUCCUGACAUUUUCAUCGAAAGAGGUUGCAAAACAUGUCUACGACAAUGUUGAUGGAGCGGAAUACCUUACGAGUGCAAACUUUUUCGAUCUUCGUUUUGUGCCUGAUGAGACCGAUUUCUCUGACGAUCAGCCACGAGACGAAUGCGGGCGGAUUCCGGACGGAUACCAACCGAACGACUUCGUGACCGACGCUCUUCAACAUAGUAAGGUCAAGCUGACCUGGGAUAUGGAUGAUAAGUCGCGCAAGGACGCGCAGGCCCGAGCUUUCCGAGGGAGCCGAAAAGAGAUCGACGAGAAUGAUUUAAAGGCUUAUCUUGCCAGUGAUAGUUCCGACGACGAAGAGGACGGAGGUGUGGAUAUCGUCGAUGGCACAAAGGGAGAAGGAUCCAAAAUCUCACAGAAGGAGGAAGAGCGACAACGCAUGCGAGCGCUUCUUGGCCUGAGCGCACAGCCUGCCCAAUCCUCCAAAUCAGAUGGCCCCGUUGGUGAGAUGGAGGUUACUUUCACGUCUGGUUUGGCUGGUGGUCCCAACCGCGACACUAUCUUCGAGAAUGAGCCCGAAGAGACUAGCGUUGAGAAAUAUUUGCGCAAAGAGCGCGAGAGGAAGAAGCGACGAAAGGAGAAGCUGAAGGGUGAUAAAGUGGACGAUGCCGAUGACGAUGACAAAGACGGCGCAGAUGAAGAGAAGCCACAUGGAGAUGAAGAUAUGGGCUUCAAUGAUCCCUUCUUCGAAGACCCCUCUGACAAGGCAGCUACCGCGGCUCGCCGCAAAGAGGAGAAGCGCAGGAAGCGAGAGGAGCGUGAAGCUGAGGAAACAGCCGCUGCAGCCAAGCGGGCAGAACUGGAAUUGCUGAUGAUGGACGACGAUGAUGCUAAAUCUGGAAUGAGGCACUUUGAUAUGAACGAGAUUGCCAAGGCGGAGAAGCAAUCCCGCAAGAAGAAGGGCAAGCGCAAGGGCAAGGACCAAGCAGUGCAAGAAGCCACCGAUAACUUCGAAAUGGAUGUCAGCGAUCCGCGAUUUUCCCGACUUUUCCAGAACCACGAAUUUGCAAUCGACCCUACCAACCCCCGGUUCAAACCCACGUCGGGUAUGAAAGCUCUGCUGGAGGAGGGCCGCAAACGCCGCCGAGAGCGGGAUGACCGUGGAGACGAGGAGGAUCAGGCUCGCGAUUCGACGACGAAGAAAAAGCGGUCUAAGAAGAGUAAUGGUACGAAUGAUUUGAAGGACUUGGUGGAGAAGGUGAAGCGGAAGACGAAGGCUUGA